UCUGAAUGUUCUCUCAUUAAUUUAACUUUAAUUCCUCAAAUAUUCCACCAACCAACCACAGUGUGCCAUUGAUUUGAUAUCAAAUACCCCGAAUAUAGGGCUACAUACAUCAUAUAAGCCAAGAAUAUAACUACCAUGUUUGAUCUAGAAGACGACGCGUCAAGGCGGGAAAAAUGCUACACUACAGUGGCUCAGCUGCCCUCCUUCAUUGAUCCUAAACAACCGCCUAUGAAAAAACCGCCUUUUUCAGCCAUUUGGGGGCACCCGUUUGUGCACACCGUUGAAGUUAUUUUACCAGAAGCAACCUACCGAAUCAUUCAGAAUUCAUUAGAUACAAAGCUUCCUAAGCUGCGAUAUGCUAGAGUGUUCAUGUCACUUUCGUCUCUACUGGAAGGAGACUUUUUCAAUACUUAUAUCAAAGCUGGAAAUAUUCUUAUGAUAUCUGAGGGGCGCUCUGGUUCGGAUAACGUAUAUACUCUCAGAGAUGGGAUCCUGAAACUAGAACUUGGAAAAGAGAUAUUUGAACGGACAGGUCUAACAGGGAAGCCCAUCCGCAGUGGAGGCAGGAAACAUGUCAAGGAAAGAUAUCUUGUGGAAAUCAACCUGCGGUUACCCUCAAUGCUUCACGGCAAGAAAGGCUUUGAGAGAAUAGCUUGGGCAUUCAAGAAUGUUCUCGACCACUCUUUAGCGUGGCUUUUCUAUGACCUGGCGUCGGAAUCGAAUGGUGUUUCCCCCGACGAUUCCUCCCUGAAAGGAAACCACCCACACAUUCUUGACUGCGAGCCAGUGCGCACUGUUUACCAGGAAGUCCUCGUUCCAACCUUGAAAGGAUUGGACUCCACCGAAACAGUACUGGAACAAGAAUUGAGAGACCACUGCGAUGAGAUCUCCGAAUGGUUGGCGAUGGUAACACUCGGAUCUCCACGAGUAUUGGCAAGCGACGAUGUAGACCCGUACCUUUGCCGCUACAGUGUGCCAGAUGUGGACGAAGCGAAGCCUUCGGAUAUAGUCAGCCUGAAAUGGCAUGGUCUUCUCCCUCCGAAAUGGAUCAUGGAGCUAUUCCUCACUCUACUACGAGAUACCCCUCAGAAGGAUUCCGAAGCCUUAAACUGGUUUGCUUUCUCCGCGAGCGCUCUGGGCAGGGAGGCUGUAGAAGGGAAGGAUGGCUAUACUGUUCUAACACUGCCCUCUGUGGAUGGAGCUGAUAAUAAUGUGCAGAAGACCUCUGACACUAUAUUUGAAAGUGGUCGCUCGUGUGUUUGCUGGGAGCACGUUGGUGCCUCGGUUCUCUAGGAAUGAAGCAUAUAUCCCGUACUGCUCUAAGCAUACAGUUAUAUAUCCACAUGGUAUUCUAUGCACUAGUAGGUAGCUACCACAUGGUUGCGCCAAUAACCUGUCUUGCCUCGUUUGCUAUAAAGACUAAGUUGGGCUUCAACAAGACUGGAAAAAUUGCCGAUGGCAUAUAUAAAGACAGCCAUGAAUUGGUACAAUGAAUGUCCAAGAU